GGCUUGUUUUACAGCACAAAACAACAAGGAUGAAGAUUUCAAGGGACGAUGCGGCAACACAGAUAAUCGAGGAGACGUUUAGCUGAAAGGCCUUCAGCUUUAUCUUUAUCUCCCGGCGUGCAAUACGAAAUUAAUGCCAGGCAACUUGAUCGAGUGACCUGCAGAUGAAUGUCGGUGCCUUAGUGUCCCUGUAUUUGUUGUUGUUAGCCGUGAAUGCUAACCAUAGAAGUUGCGAGCUAGCUGGCCGAGCGAGCUAAUGGUUAACACGAAGAAAAGAUAAUUAGCCGCAUAUGUCUGAUUUACUUAAUGCUGUCCCGGCGAGUAAACUCGGCGUUGUGUAGCUAAUGGAGCCAGCUAAGCUUGGCUUCAGUAGUUCAACAACUGCAGCUUUGGUUGAGCUUUUUAAAGUAGUAGUUACCUAGUUAGCUUGUCAGUUAGCCACCACUAUCCUUGGAAGAAUGAGUAGAAAACACCAUCAUUUAAAAGGUGCUGAAGUCAGCUGCUGCGUGAAAUACUUCUUAUUUGGAUUCAACAUUUUAUUCUGGUUACUGGGAGCCGCAUUCUUGGGCAUAGGCCUGUGGGCAUGGGCGGAGAAGGGCGUGUUGGCCAAUCUGUCGUCCAUCACAGACCUAGGGGGCUUUGACCCCGUGUGGCUCUUCAUUGUCGUAGGAGGGGUCAUGUUCAUCCUGGGCUUUGCUGGCUGUAUCGGAGCACUACGAGAGAACACCUCCCUGCUUAAAUUCUUCUCUGUGUUCCUGGGUUUGAUCUUCUUCUUGGAGCUGACUGCGGGGAUCCUUGCCUUCGUCUUUAAAGACUGGAUCAAAGAUCAACUCAACUUUUUCAUCAACAAUAAUGUCAAGGCCUACCGCGACGACAUCGACUUGCAGAAUCUCAUUGACUUUGCCCAAGAAUAUUGGUCAUGCUGUGGAGCUCACGGGGCCGACGACUGGAACCUGAACAUCUACUUCAACUGCACGGAGCAGAACCCCAGUAGGGAGCGCUGUGGAGUCCCCUUCUCCUGCUGCGUCAAAGACCCUGCAGAGGAUGUCAUCAACACGCAGUGUGGUUAUGAUGUUCGGCUUCAAGGGGACCUGGAGCGGCAAAAAUAUAUCUAUACAAAGGGCUGUGUGGGACAGUUUGAGAAGUGGCUUCAGGACAACCUGAUUAUUGUAGCUGGAAUCUUUGUUGGUAUUGCACUUUUACAGAUUUUUGGUAUCUGCCUUGCUCAAAACCUGGUGAGUGACGUCAAAGCUGUCAAAGCCAACUGGUGACAUGAGAGGUGAAGAGAGGGAGCCCCGCCCCUGAGCCAGGUCAACACAGCACACAAAGAGUUCUUUCUAGCUGAGGACGGCGAGCCGAGAAACUUUCAACUCUGUCAACUUUGCCAUUGAGCUAAGCAGCACAUACGCACUCUCACACUCGUGCAGACACAAAGAGUUAACUUCAGUUGGUCAGUGACACUUGAAUUGGGAGAAGAGUGUCCCACUUAAACCAAACUAUCAACACUUUGUUUACCAAUCAGCUGGGAUUUUAACCCAAAUAUACAAAGGGCAGUCCUGCCUACUUCAUAGUUAGAUCCUUUGUUUUCUGUUUCCUCUGAUCUUGUACUUUGGACAAGUGUGUUUAUGGGGUGCAGAUGCACAAGGACUCCUGUCAACUGGGAUUGGAAGCCAUGGAUGAAGCAAACAAAAACAAAAAAGCAAACGAAAAGGGACAAUGAGUCUCCUUUUCUAUGUCAAGUGUAACAUUGUCACACAGCCUCUGUCCACUCAGUGAGCGGGUGACCAUCACCUCCUACAAACUGUUUUUAACGACCACACUUCCUGCUGUAGGGAAUGGUGGCUGGCUAGUCAGGCCGGCCAACACGCGUAUGGAUUCUGCUUCAUGUCACUUAUUUCUUCAUCUGGACCUUUUAUGACCACUUAAAAGACUCUGAACACUGUCUGCAACUUUAAAUCAUUUCAGGUGAUUGUCAAUUCUAACUCAAAAUGUAAAAAAAAAGUGCCAUUCAUUUCCAGUAAUAUUUCUGUCUCCUUCCUGUUCUUUACAUGGAAUUUCUGCACCCCGCCCCACAAUACCUCAGGACCUCGCCGAAAAAUGUAUGCUUUCUGCCUCUGGAUAAAAGCAUAUCUAUUAUUUUUCCAUCCAUGUCUGUUGAAUUUAGAGUAACUUAAUGCAGAAAACACUGACAGUUCCUCGAAAGUUGCCCCAUUUGCCCUGCAGUGAUUAUAUUUUCCGUUUAUUUACUGAAGGAUGUAUUGUGUUCUAUGAAAUGGCCUGUGGUGGUUAGGACUGUAGGAGUACGGUAUACAGGGAAAGGGGUUUAAUGAUAGCUGAGAUUGUUGUUUAUCUCUUAGCAUCCCUCAGGCACAUGGGAUUGCUGGUUUGGGGCCUUUUUUACUUGACUUAUAUUACCACAUUUGUCUUAUAUUUUGUCCUCUACAUAUUGAAAUAAGAAUAUUUGUCUGUUUAAAGAUGUCCUCUAUCCAUCCUUAUUUUCCCCUUUUCUUUUAUAGACACAUAUUUUAAUCUGGGUUCAUUGUUUGACUUCAACAGGCACCUGUUUUACCUCGGCCCCAUCAGCCAACUGCAAAAUAGCUUGUUAUUGCUGAUGCUGUUAUCAGUCCUAAUGAAGACCAAAUAAUAUCAGCUGGCCGCAAGCUAACUGCCAAGGUUUUUGUCUGGCUACAAUUGUGAUUUUUAUUAGGAAUGCCAAGAAUAACAAAUUGCAUUUCUAAAUAGCCAAAAUGUGAAUUCAUUGUCCCUUUUAUGUGGGAAGAGCCAGUUGAAAUGAGAAGUCAUACAAAAAUUAAAACUUUUAUAGUAUCUCUUUUAUCUUUUAAUUCAAUGUCUUGUCUUUUGUUUGGACUGUUUUUUAAAUAGAGUAGUUAAAAACAUUGAUAUUAGCAAUAUAACAUGAAUGCUGCUUUAUUGUUGACUAGAUUGAUAAGUAGUACAAUAACCAAGCUAACAACACAUCUCACAUGAUGGCAUUUGAACAAUUUGCCAUGUUGCUAUUGUUUCCAGACUGAGGAAAUACUCAGAUGAUUUGUUCUUUCUCAAGUUUACACUUUGUACUCUGCUUAUGUCGCCCUUUGUUCAUUAUAUAAAAAACUUGGAUCACAAUAGUAAGUCGCCCUCGCAGCUUUUCAUCUUCGUCCACGAUCCUCACAGAAUUUAGUUUCUGGUAUGACUGGGUUCACUUGAUACUUUUGUAUAUUUCUGUCAGCAUUUAACCACUAUGCUUGUUUCUGGUUGUAGCAGUAUCAUUUAGAUACACAGCACAGGAAUGUUUGGGUGGGGUUUGCUGGACCACACAUACAGACACACUCUGCUUUGAAUUGCGAUGCACAUAAGUUGAAAGAUGAGUAGCAUUAAUAUUCUGUCAACAGUACACCGAACCCUUUCCUGCUUCACUGAGUCUGUCUGCAGAAUAUAUAGGAGCUUGUUCAGUACCAGCACCUUAUGAUCGCCUGCUGUGCUUACAUGUCGUAUGUUGUUUCGCCCACUCACUCACUCUUCAGAAAGCUACCUGAUCCGACUGCACCUGUUUCUGAGCCUGUCAUUUUGAUGUAUUUUUAAACGCAGGCCUCCUUUGAAAAAAAGAGCAACACAAGACAAAACAACAGUCAUUUGAAUUGAGGUGUCGCAAAUGCGCAGGUAGAAUAGAUCCACAGGAGCACAAUGCAUCUGUAACCGGAGUGACUGAAGUGAAUCUUAAUGACUUUCCUCAGUUGGAAUGGAUGAGUCUCCGUAGCAGAGGCUCAUUCAUUUCACCGCUUUCAGUGUAAUCAGUGAGAAAGAGCCUCAAGCAGUCUGAGAGAGCAGACAUUUUCCCCUUUAAGAUCAAAUGUAAAAACAUUUACAGGAUAAAACGUGACUCACUGUCCAAAGUUGCCGUGUUUGACUGACGUGACAUGAUUUCUCGCUUUUAUUCUGUGUGGGCUUCUUUGAUUUCACUCACUGUUAAGAAUCAAUCCGUUCCUGUCGAGUUUAGUAGAUCAGGAAGAAACCCGUGUUUAUUUUCCCUCCACCUUUUCUCAGUCGAACCUUUUGAAGUGGGUUGAAACAGAUAAUGUGUGAUUAAUUAGUUCAACAAAUCUUUGAAGUGUUUUCAUUUUUUUUCUUAAAUCACCCCUAAUUGGAAGUGUUUGCUCAGGGUAUUAGACACCUCUACCACUCAUAAAAGUCUCCUUUGCUUGUGCAUGCCAGAUGAUUCUCUGUUGUACAUGAUAAAAUGGUGGGCUGCUGCCUUUUGAGUGAUGCUAAGGAUCUGGCUGAAGGCAGAUGGAGGCCACGGGUGUCAGUUCUGCUGCAGUACAGAGCUGCAGCUCUUAAACAAAAAGCACUCCCGCUCUCUCUCCCUCUCUUCUCUCUCUCUCUUUCUCUCUCUGCAGCCACCACCGUGUCUGGAUGGAUAUGCCAAUAAUCAGACAGUCACCUUGGUAAUAAGGACAAUAAUGCCAUAAUAAUCGGUUGUAGCAGCGAAGCUUUAAUAUGCGCGCUCUACAAAGGUGACUUUCUGGAGUAUGUUUGUUUUAACAGCUUUGGGUAUUUCUGGUUUUGUAUUCCUUUAAUGUAGGGGAAAGGGGGAGGGAGAAAACAAUGCUAAUUAUGCUUUGUCCUUUAUCAUAAUGGCCUUGCAUUAUGAAACGCCCUCUUAAUUUCUCUGCUUUCCCUGUGGGCAGUUAAAUCAUUCCCGAGGAGGAGCCUUAUGCAUACCAUGAAUGUAAAAGUCUGUAUCAGCAUGGACCUACUGCUCCACGCUCAGUUAGAAAUUCUUAUGCAGCGCAAUGCACAAGACAAGUGAAGCUUAGGAAUGUGAAAUAUAAAGGGUUCGCUUUAGUGAUGUUUAAGAUGUUAUUCUAGUUUUUACAUUUUUAAAUUUGUUUUAGUGUGCAUGAAAGCAGAUGAGCAUUCCAUUUCUUGUGUUUGCAGGCAUGUGUGCAGACCUUAUAUGCAAUCACAGAGCAUUUAAAUAACCCGAAACAACCAGUUAAACAAUGUUUUCAUUCUCAAUCUCUCUUUAGUAGCUGUGGAUGAUUUCUGAAUAUCAUUAAAAUCAUCACCUUUGUCCCGGUUUUGAUAAUUCUUUAUUGAAAUAAAGCUUAUUUUGCUACAUAUGCAUUAAUGAAAUGAAUUGAGUGAACUUUUUCAAAUGUCCUUUAUGCAUAUAAAUACAGAGUGAUGCUGAUAAUCUGCCCUGUGAUCCUCUUCGAGCUUUGAAGUCUGCAAAUUUUCGGAGGCGUUUUCUGUUGAUGAUUUCAUAGAAAAGUGAGCAGCACGUCAGCCAUUUAUAAGUCUUACCUCAUCGUGUGCAGACCUGGUCUCAUCAGAGCCCAAAGAAGCGACAUAAUUGCCUUGUUUGUGAGCGUAUUAGCAGCAAUCUCGCAGUACAGACAUUACCAUACCCGGUCAUGACAUUUGAUCAAGACACGAGCGUGAUCUGACUGGAACGAAAUAGCGUUUCGAGUCAAAGAUGCGUCUUACAGUAGAAGAACACAGAUACAGUAGUUAAUGAUCAUUUAGUCACACAGAAACCACUAUGAAUAUGUCUUUGUCCAGCAAGAACAACUUUUUAGCUUUGCAAUGUACUUUUAUUUUGUAGCUGCAGUUUUAAAUUGCCUCUUGGUUGCAGCAGAAUACAAAGAAAACCAUGUUCUGGAUCCAUCCUCUCAGUUUAGACCUGUCCACUCAGAUGGAUAGCCUUGUAAAGAAAUGUUGUAUAUUGAAACUGUGGGACAUGGUCUGUUACACUGUAUAUUGUGUUAAAAUAUGCCUCUUUCAUAUAUUAAAGGAUUUAUCAAAACA